AGGCCCCGCCCGCCCCGGGCGCCCUCCAGGAGGAGGUGGAGCAGGGUGGCGGGAGGCUGAGGCCAUGGCCGGGCCCCGCGCCCCGGACGCCCCCGCGGCCGCCAGCUGGAAGCGCCACAUCGUGCGGCAGCUGCGGCAGCGGGACCGCGCGCAGAAGAGCGUCUUCCUGGAGCUGGUGCCGGCCUAUAACCGGCUCCUCGAGAAAGCAGAGCUGCUGGCCCACAUCUCAGAGAAGAUACAGCUUGAAACAAACGAAGCCAUUUCCACUGUCCCUCUGGGCCCCUGGAGCCAGGAGCCAGCACCUGACUCAGAGCGAGUUUCACCUCCAGCCACUCUGAGGGCCAAGUGGCAAGAGGAGAAGGAGGGCCUCCAGCUGGUGUGCGGUGAGAUGGCCUACCAGGUGGUGGAGAGGAGCGCGGCGCUGGGCGCCCUGGAGUCGCAGCUGGAGGAGCGGCGGGGCAGGCUGGCGGCUCUGGAGGCCCGCGUGGCGCAGCUGCGGGAGGAGCGGGACCUCUGGAGCGAGCAGGUGGACGCGCGGCGGGCGCGCAACGCCCAGCGGCGGGCGGCCUACGACGACCUGCGCGCGCGCGCCGCGGGCCAGGAGGCCUCACUGCGCAGGCUCGAGGAGGAGGCGCGCGACCUGCUGGAGCGGCUGGUGCAGCGCAAAGCGCGCGCCGCGGCGGAGCGCAACCUGCGGAACGAGCGCCGAGAGAGAGCCAAGCAGGCGCGGGUGUCCCAGGAGCUGAAGAAGGCUGCCAAGCGGACCGUGAGCAUCAGCGAGAGCCCAAACCCCCUUGGGGAUGAGUAUAGGGAGGGAGCCAAGACUCUGAGCCCGGCCGCUGAGCCCGAGUUGCUGGAGAGCGAGGCCCGGGAGAAGUGGAAGAGGUCCUUCAGGUCUGCCUCCACCACCUCCCUGACGCUGUCUCGCUGUGUGGAUGUGGUGAAGGGGCUUCUGGAUUUCAAGAAGAGGAGAGGCCACUCAGUUGGGGGAGUACCAGAGCAGAAGUACCAGAGCAUCCCGGUGUGUGUGGCUGCUCGGCUCCCUAGCCGGGCCCAGGACGUGCUGGACGCCCACCUCUCUGAGGUCAAUGCUGUUCGUUUUGGCCCCAACAGCAGCCUCCUGGCCACAGGUGGGGCUGAUUGCCUCAUCCACCUCUGGAGUGUGGUGGGCGGUCGCCUGAAGGCCAACCAGACCCUCGAAGGAGCUGGUGGCAGUAUCACCAGUGUGGACUUCGACCCUUCGGGCACCCAGAUCCUGGCAGCUACUUACAAUCAAGCCGCCCAGCUCUGGAUGGUGGGGGAGGCACAGUCCAAGGAGACACUGUCUGGACACACAGACAAGGUGACAGCAGCCAAGUUCAAGUUGACAAGGCACCAAGCAGUGACCGGGAGCCGAGACCGCACAGUGAAGGAGUGGGAUCUUGACCGAGCCUAUUGUUCUAGGACCAUCAAUGUCUUUUCCUACUGUAAUGACGUGGUGUGUGGGGACCAUGUCAUCAUCAGUGGCCACAAUGACCAGAAGAUCCGGUUCUGGGAUAGCAGGGGCCCCCGCUGCACUCAGGUCAUCCCCAUGCAGGGCCGGGUCACCUCUCUGAGCCUCAGCCAUGACCAGCUGCACCUGCUCAGCUGCUCCCGGGAUGACACCCUCAAGGUCAUUGACCUGCGUGUCAGCAACAUCCGCCAGGUGUUCAGGGCCGAUGGUUUCAAGUGUGGCUCAGACUGGACCAAAGCUGUGUUCAGUCCAGACAGACGCUAUGCGCUGGCAGGUUCUGGAGAUGGAGCCCUCUACAUCUGGGACGUGGACACCGGGAAGCUGGAGAGCAGCCUUCGGGGACCCCACUGCACUGCCAUCAAUGCCGUGGCCUGGUGCUGCUCAGGGGAACACGUGGUGAGCGUGGAGCAGGCCAGGAAGGCUGUGCUCUGGCGGUAAUGUCAUGCCACCUGCUCCACCAGCUGGAGUUCCAGUGAGAAGCUCCCAGUGGGGAACAGAAGUAACUCCUGCUCUGUGUGGGUGGGCCCCUCUGGAAACUUAAGAGGACAAAGGCCUGGCAGGACUAGGCCUUUCUGCUGACAACCCAGAUGUGGGUUGGUGAUCACAGAUUUUUUUUUUUUAAGUUGCUCCACACUUUCUUUCCCCAAAGUGCAAAAGAAAUUGCAUAUAAAGUGG